UCCCCGUUUAAAAACUACCCUUUUCCCUUCUCUUCCUUCCACUAGAAGCCACCCCCGCUUCUCCUCCUCCGCUCUUCGUCGUCCCCAAAACCCUAAUCGCUCGAUGAGCUCCUCCCCCUCCCUCGCCAUGGACGCCCAGAACCGCGCCCACGACCUCGCCGCGUCCAUCCUCUCCGCCGCGUCGCCUCCCCAGAUCGCCGCCGCGCUCUCCGACGCCGCCGCGUUCCUCCGACGCCACGCCGCCGACCAGUCCCGCCCCUUCUUCUCCAUCGCCUUCCCCUCCCUCCUGUGUCGCCUCUUCGGCUUCGACUCCCCUUCGUCGUCGUCCUCGUCCUCGUCCUCCUCCUCGUGGCUCGACCUCGCCGCCGCCGACCCCGAGCUCUCCUCGCGCCUCUUCGCCCUCCUCUCCCCCUCCGGGAUCCUCCUCUCCUCCAUCGCCGCCGCGGAUCGGCACGACCUCGUCAAGUACGUGUUCCCCUCCGAGCGCCUCCCAGAGUGGAUGCGCUUCGCGCUGCGGAGCCCCGCCGCGCCCUCCACGCUCGCCGAGCUCUCCCCUCUCUUCGCCGGGAGGGUUAAGGAGGACAGGAUCCAGGACUCGUACCGGCUCCAGCUGAGCGUCUUCGAGUACUACAUCUUCUGGUUCGCGUACUACCCCGUGUGCAAGGGCGAUUCCGAGGGCUCCGUUUCCGGCGUCAUUCAUAAGAAGCGGCGGUUCCGGCUCGAGAACUGGACGUCGUCCCUCCCGGUGCUGUCGGCCACGGGGCGCCAACCGGGGCAGAAGCUGGAGUGCAGCUUGUAUCUCCGAUUGCUCUAUGCGUAUCUCCGCGCCUUCGUUCCCAAAUCCGGAGUGGGCUCGUACCAGCCGUAUCGCAGCUCACUCCUCCAUUACUCGCCAAAUGAGGAGGAGGACACUUUCUUCCAGGCCGAGUUCUUGGUGCACACUUUUGUGCACUUCUGGAUGGUGGACAACGACUUCUCGCCGCUGCCCGUCCACGUUUGCCGCUCUUUCAAUCUGAACUUUUCCUACAGAUCGGUUUUGGGGGAGACCCCUCCAACUCCUGGCCUUGGGGAUGUGCUCAAUUUAUUCGUGAAGUACCUCAACUGUGGCUCGAGUUCGGCAGCAGAAGGGAAUGAGCAGAUGGUGUAUGCUAAAAGUCCCGUGUGGAGGAGUUCGGUGUUGGGGGAUAUUGUUCGGCCGCGACCUACUGUUGAGUGUAGUGUUGGUUCUUGGAAUGCUGUAAUUCAGAGGCCCCUGUAUAGGUUCAUAUUGAGGACUUUCCUUUUCUGCCCGAUGGGUGCUUCGAUCAAGAAUGCUACACAAGUUUUCUCUUUGUGGGUAACAUAUACGGAGCCGUGGAAGACUAGUGAAGAAGACCUUGUUGAGUAUGAAAAACCGAUGGCAGUUCAGAAUCAAGAGAAAGGAGACGAUGGUCGGGGCGCGCGACAAAUGGAAUCUGUAUACACUCCUUCCCGGCAGAGUUAUGUGUUAUCUAAUUAUCUCUUCUAUAGCUCAAUGGUAGUGCAUUUUCUUGGCUUUGCACAUAAGUUUCUCCAUACGAAUGUGGAGUCAGUGAUUCAGAUGGUAUUAAAGGUGCUAAGCGUUUUGACUUCAUCAAGGGAGCUGCUUGAUCUCCUUCACAGAGUUGAUGCUGCUUAUCAUUCUAAACCAUCUGGGCCGUCUUAUGCAGUUGAUGAUGCAUAUAAGUAUGUACCGUCAAUCCAUGAACAGUUGCAGGACUGGGAGGAUGGUCUGUGUGAAAGUGAUGCGGAUGGGUCUUUCUUACAUGAGCGUUGCAACUUUGAUUUGAGACUCUUCAGUGAUGGCGAGGAUGGGGCUCAUAACUUACUUCAGCUGUUCUUGCUGCGUGCAGAGCAUGAAGUCAAACUUUUCUCUGGUGAUGUGUCGAGUAAUCUCCGUGCCCUUGAUUCAGUCAGGUCCCAGAUGAAAAUACUUUUCGGGGCCCAUAUCCAGAAGUCCCACUUCAGUUCUAAAUCACUAGUCUCAUCUCACGACCAACAUCAGAGCCGUGGUGAGGUGUUCACACCUAAACACCCAGGGACCGGGAGACGCACAUGGGCUGAUGUAAAGUACAAAGGUGACUGGAUGAAGAGGCCCAUCUCCAACACUGAAGUGGCAUGGCUUGCAAGGCUUUUGAUCAGGUUAUCAGAUUGGUCGAAUGAAAUUCUCGGCCUUGACCGUUAUGAUGAGAGAGAAUCCGAGAAUACGGGGCCAACCUACGUAGAGGUUGGUCAAGAUACUGUACGCACUGUUGAUGGACCAAAAGAGGCCCUCGGCAUGGUCGUGGGCCUUAUUAUCUCAUGGGCCGUGUUGUUGGGCCAUGCAGUGCUGAGGUACAUGAGGGCGCACAAGAUGAAGGUUAACCUGAGGGUGCUUGCAUCAAAGAAAUUCGUGAUGGUUCUCGUAUUGUACGUUGUCGUUUCGGUGUUGAAGAGGGCUGCUUUUGGUGCCUUCGCAAUCUCCGGCAUUAUGUGAUUUUGCUCGCUCGACCUCACAUAUUAAACUGGGACAGUGAUAUAGUGCAUGUACGAAGAUAACUAGUUACUAUAAACUUACAGUAGGGAACACCAGAUUGCGACAAGUAGAAAAAUGCCACCAGUUGAUAGGCUUGAUGUGAGGCACAGGAUUCUUCUAUAGAAGCCCUUCAUUUGAUUAAUCGCAUGCGAUCAUCUGCAAGGCCAAAAGGAUUGUACCAGCACCUUUUGGAAGCGCGAAAUUACCUAAACACAUUAAUUUAGCAUUCACAUCAAAGUUUGGUUGAUUGUGUGACUCAGAGCCUUUCGUGGAGACUCCCUCUCUCCGAGAGAAAUCAUGUGGAUACAAAUCAAGUACCUAAUACUUUUGUUCCCGGCAUUUAAAGACAUACCUGCUCUAGCACUAGUGUCCCCUGUUGUUCAUCAAUGUUAUCUUGCAACAAUAAUUUGAGAGGUUGGUAAAGCGUGCUUUUCUUCUUGCUGUCCAAUGUAACUCGGUGAUUUGACAUGUUAAUAAUCAAGUUUAGCUAUAGUUUAUUGUUCAAGUA